UGGUCAGUGCAGACGUGCAGAGUGAGGGAAAAACAGCCGCUAAAACACGUUUAAAGAUUUUGAUUAUUUAAGUCUUGAGAAAAUAGGCAAAACACACUCACACCAGAGUGGAGCCGGGUCGGUGGUUGUGUGUGACUGAGGAUCCGCUGUUAAAGUCUCAUCAGCUGGAGUUUGUUUUUGACUUGGAAAGAUGAGCAGCGAAUCAAACAAAGAGUUUAUGGAACAGCUGCGGAUGCAGGAGCUCUACAACCAGAGGACUGAAGAUGGUUCUGACCCGUACACAUACACUGAUCCAGAGGAUGGCACAGUCUACGACUGGGACCACGAGAAGAAGGCCUGGUUUCCGAAAAUAACAGAGGACUUCAUGGCAGCCUACCAGGCAAACUAUGGCUUCACUCAGGAAGGAGAACCAGAUGCAAACAGCACGGCCCCGAGCAGCACCGACUCCACUGCUCCCACGGCAGACAGCCAGAAACCACAAAAGGAGAAAUCGGCAGCUCCCGCCCCAAAACCAAACCCGGAGCAGCAGGAGGCGCCAGCCAAAGAAGCCAAGCAGAAAGGCGAGAAGAGGAAAGCGGAAGCAGGAUGGUUUGAUGUUGACGACAAUAAAAACACAAACGUCUACGUCUCUGGCCUGCCUCCCGACAUCGGCACGGACGAGUUUGUUGAGUUGAUGUCUAAGUGUGGCAUUGUGAUGCGGGACCCCAUCACUGAGGAGUUCAAGGUCAAACUCUACAAGGACAAAGAGGGAAACCUAAAGGGAGACGGUCUUUGCUGCUAUUUAAAGAAGGAGUCGGUGGCUUUAGCGAUGCGUCUGAUCGAUGAGUCUGAGGUCAGAGGGUACAAACUCCACGUGGAAGCAGCACGCUUUGAGCUAAAAGGCCAAUACGACGCCAGCAAGAAGAAGAAAAAAAGCAAAGAUUAUAAGAAGAAGAUGCAGCAGCAACAGAAACAGUUGGACUGGAGGCCGGAGAAGCAAGGAGACGCGAGGAAGAGGCAUGAAAAAGUCGUCAUCAUCAGGAACAUGUUUCACCCCAGUGACUUCGAGGAAGACCCCCUGGUGCUGAAUGAGUAUCGUGACGAUCUGCGGACGGAGUGUGAGAAGUUCGGGGACGUGAAGAAAGUCAUUCUCUUUGAUAGACACCCCGACGGCGUGGCUUCAAUCGCGUUUAAGGAGCCGGAGCAGGCCGACGCCUGCGUGGAGUCGUUUAACGGACGCUGGUUCGGAGGGCGGCAGCUGUCUGCUCUGCUCUGGGACGGAACCACAGACUACCAGGUGGAGGAGACGACACGCGAGCGGGAGGAGCGGCUAAAAGGCUGGGCCACUUUCUUAGAGGGGAGCGACAAAAAGCAAGAGAGCGACAAAAAGCAAGAGAGCGACACAGACGCCACCAAACCGGCAGAGAGCAGCUCGUCCUCGGAGCACAGCCAGCCGUCCAGCACCACAGAGCAGCCCCCCGAAACACAGACCGCCUCAUCACAGCAGCAGGAGCAGGAAGUGGACUCGACCGACAGCAGCCUCGCAGGAAGCGAUGAGGAAGACUCUUAAAUCUCCUGCCGGGACUUUCCCGUCUGCACUGCAUCUACGGAGAAGAUUCAAAAAAGGACUAAUUUGGACAUAUCAAGCUGUUUUGUAAUUUAGAAGAAUAAAAUAAGGAUUUUGUUUACCCCAUGCUCAUCAUUUUGGUCACUAUUGUAUGUUUAAUACACAUAAUCCUCAAAUCAACAAAUUACCACUUGUAGUUUGUAGUCAGUGUAUUUUUUUUCCUUAUUGUGCUUAUAACCUUGAACCUAAAAUAAUAGACAAAGAAAAUGAACAAAAUUGUGUGGUUUCAGUGUGCACUAGAUUUCCUCUUUAAUCAUGAAAAAGUAGUGCCAUCUAAAAAAUCAGCUAAAUGAAAAAAAAAGAGGAUAGAUUAUUGUAAAUAUAAAGAUACCAAUCCAAACUGUUAUUUCAUAACAUUUAGCUACAGGAUACUUUAGCCAUUAGUAGAAAUUAUUUAAAUAAAGGUAUUUCCUUUAGAUGAAAACAUGGUUUUGCUGUUUGUUUUUUUACCUUAAAAGUAGAGGGUGAACUGGCAUUGUAGUAUUGAGAAAGAAUAAUUAUUUGGACAUAACAUGAAUGAUUUCCACGGUCAACUUUGAGCUGACUAAAACAAAACAAGUAAAGAAAUGGCUCACAAAAAAGGAGAGCUCGGGGGAAUCCAGGAUGCUGAAUUGUUAAUAGUUUCUUGAGAUUUUGGUGUAUUUAUGUAGAAAUACCAAUUUCAAGUUGGGAGCAUUUAUAUAACAGCUGAAAUGUCAGUUCCUAGUUAAUCUGUCGAGAAAUGAAGAUCAUCACCAAGCUAAAUUAAUAUAAUUAUGUGAGUUCAACAUUGUUUAUGCAGUUUUACUUAUUUCACUUUUUGUCAGUUUGUCAUCAGUUAUCUUGAUUUAUUUAUUAGUUAUCUUUGAUUUAGUUUGUUUAAGAUUGAGCUCUUCCAUCAGAAAAUCCUGAAAUCUCUCUUGGGAUGUUUAUAUCAUUAUUAUUUUUUUUUUUUCCAAGCACGAAAUUUCACCUAAACCUAAGUGCAAUUCACGUUACGCUAAACCACAUUAUC